UUCAAAGCUGAGCAUUCAAAAAUAUGAAAUCGAAUCACUUGGUUUUCACACUUUUUAAUUAUUGAAGAAUUAUAUAUACAUAUAAAUAUAUUACUAUAUAUAGCCUAAGCAGUUAUAGACUUUUCAGCAUGACCAAUUCAAGCAACUCUGACCAAGUAAUAUUAGCUACAGGAGGGUAUGAUCAUACUAUUAAAUUAUGGCAAGUAAAUUCGGGUGUUUGUAGGCAUACAGCGCAACACACUGAGUCUCAAGUUAAUGCCUUAGCGAUCACACCUGAUAAACAGCUACUAGCAGCAGCAGGUCAUCAGCAUAUUCGUAUGUAUGACUUGAUGUCCAACAGUACUAGCCCAGUUAUUAAUUAUGAAGGGAUGACUAAAAAUGUUAGUAGUGUUGGUUUUCAUGAAGAAGGAAAAUGGAUGUUUACAGGAGGAGAAGAUUGCAGUGCUCGCAUUUGGGAUCUGAGAUCCAAAAAUCUUCAGUGCCAAAGAAUAUUUCAGGUUAGUUCUCCUGUUAAUUGUGUUUGUCUCCAUCCUAAUCAAUCUGAGCUGAUUGUUGGAGAUCAAGGAGGAAUUAUUCAUCUUUGGGAUCUGAAAACAGACCACAAUGAACAGUUGAUUCCAGAACCUGAUUCCUCGAUUCAGUCAGUAUCAAUAGAUCCUGAAGGUAAAAUGGUGGCUGCUGUGAACAAUAAAGGGAGUUGCUUCAUUUGGUCUAUUACUACUGCUGAAUGUGGACCUUCUAAACUUAGUCCUCGGCAUCACAUAGUAGCACAUCGGUGCUACGCCCUAUCUUGCUCCCUCAGUCCAGAUUCUAAGCUUUUGGUAACAUGUUCAGCUGAUCAAACAGCUAGGUUGUGGGAAACAGAAAACUUUUCCUUGGUUAUGGAACUGAAACAUGGCACACAAAGAUGGGUCUGGGAUGCUGCUUUUUCUGCUGAUUCCAAAUAUCUACUAACAGCUUGCUCAGAUAAUAUUGCACGCCUGUGGAAUUUGGAUACUGGCAACAUUGAGAGAGAGUACAGCGGUCAUCAGAAAGCUAUAACUGCUCUUGCUUAUUCUGAUACUCCAGUUCAGUCAACCCCAAAUUUGUGAUU